AUGAAAGAUCUUGGUGCGGCAAAGAACUGCCUUGGCAUUCGGAUUACACGCAAAUCCGGAUCGGUAGAGCUAGACCAAGAAGCAUACGUGAAGGCGAUGCUCACAAAGUUCAACAUGGUGAACUGCAAACCAGCGAAAAUUCCAAUGACCGAAAGACUCUCAAAGGACAUGUCUCCGAAAACGGAGCAGGAAGCGGCUCGGAUGAUGCAAAUUCCGUACCAAGAAGCGGUGGGUAGCCUGAUGUAUCUGGCUCAAUGCACUCGGCCGGAUAUUUUGUAUGCCGUUAAUCAGCUGAGCCGGUACAAUUCUAAUCCCGGAAUGCAGCAUUGGAUUGCGGUGAAAACCUUGUUCCGCUACCUUCGCGGAACAUCUUCGUUCAAGCUCGUGUAUCGCAAUGAUGGCGGAAAUGACAUAAAUGGCUACAGCGACGCAGAUUGGGCAGCCGAUGUAGAUGACAGGAAGUCCACCAGCGGCUACAUUUUUACGCUGCAAGGAGCAGCUAUCUCGUGGUGCUGUAAGCGCCAACCAACAAUUGCCUUAUCAACAUGCGAAGCAGAAUAUAUGGCUCUGUCCGCUGCUGUUCAAGAAGCGUCGUGGUGGCAAGGGUUAACCGCACAAUUUGCGCCUAGUUGUGCAAUUACUAUACACUGCGAUAAUCAAAGCGCUAUUGCGAUCGCGAAGAACGGCGGCUACAAUCCUCGGACCAAGCAUAUCGACAUACGCCACCACUAA